GUUUCGGCUGCGGCCCUCCGACCUCAAAACCAUCGCAGAUACGGCUCUUUCGGCUCAGCCAACAGUCACAAUGGCGUCAAGAAGCGUGUCCCCCGGGGGCGCGCUUCUACGCGCCUCACGGAUGUUCUCGCUGCCGAACCCAAUCCCUCCUCCGGUCACCGAUUCCUCGUCUGGCGCCACCAGCUUCAGCUCCAACACGGCGACGCUCGACUUUCCAACCCAUCAGGUCAUCACCACCCUGAGCUCCGCACGAAAGCAGGGAGAUUGGGGUCUUAAGCGGCCGCUGCCCCUCAAAUCUACCACGAGAUCGACGCAUCCGAUGCUGCGCGUCAAGGCCAUCGACACCAUCGAGCAGAUCACCGAUUACACGUCGGCCACCGACCACGGCAUGACGCUCCGCAAGUUCCAAGAGUUGGGGAUGCCGCUUACGGCACGCCGCCCGGCCGGGGGGGACACUGGAGAUAACAGCAAGGGCAAGCAAACUGCUACAAUGAACCUGCCGCAGAAGUCUGUGUUUGAGGACGAGCUCGACGUCACCGAUAUGCACCCUGACAAGCGCGCCAAAGCUAUCGACAACCGGUGGAGAUUCAAUGGGCCCUGGCUUGCUGGCAUGACAGAGGGCAAAUUUCAGAAAUGGCUGGAAAAGGAAGUCAGGCCCCGGCGACCAGAAUUCCGCGAGUUUCUGAGAAAGAAGAUUGCCGGCGAGCUGCGCGCGGCCGCGGCAAAUGAGGCUCUAGACAAGGGCACGGAGGCACCCGGUCCUGUCGGGCCGAGCUCAGUGACGGAGGACCAGCUCAUCGACUACCUGCGGAAGCUGCGGCAUAAUAACCAGGCGCUCUACGACCUGGUUGGCCAGUUCCUUGACCUUGCGCCGCUCAUACCUCCCAAUAUCUCCCAGCUAGACCUACCCGCAGGGUUCAGCAAUAUCGAGUGGCGGCAGAUGAGGAACCCGUACGCCGAGGGAGGUCCUCCGGUCACACACCCCUCGGCAGGUAUAUCGUACCUGCGCACGUCUAUGUACAUGGACAACCACCCGAUCUACGGGCCCCAGAAGCAGCACCCCUCGGUCGUGGCCAGGAUCGUGAAACCGCGCCGCCAAGCGCAGGCGUCGCCGGCUAAGCUCGGCGUGGCGGGCUUCAUCGUCAACACGCCGCUCGGGGACACGAAGUUCAACAGCAAGAACAACGACCUGUUCGACAAGAUUGACCCCAGCGUCGUAGGCGGGCCCAAGGUCUGGGUGCAGCCGAAGCGGGCGAGCGUGGACGCCAACGGCCGCGUUGUGUUGACUGUGGAUGAUGCGCCGGCCGAGGCCAGGCUCGUUGCGCAGGAGCUGCUCGGCUUGGCAACCUGCUUGGGCGCGCGGCGGGACGAAGGACAGGCGGGCCGGCCAGAGUCGGCGAGUGAAAUUCGGCAACGCUACGCGGCCGCCGAUGCGCCGGCCAUGUCGAGCAUUCAGAACUACGGGAUUCAGCGGUGAUGUGCCAGGACCUGCCUUUCAUGGUCGUACAAUGCCUCGGAUCGCAGGGAAGGAAGAGAAAUCUUGGAGUUUCUGUGUAACUAUGACUGUUUCUAGAGCUUUGUAACAAUAAAAUGUUGCUGUACGA